CCAAUUCGAAGCCGAAGCUCAAGCCAUGCAACCUGCCGAACCGCCUGUGCCACAGACACACCAGUUCCUGAGGCCCACCAUAGAGAUCGACAGAAGUGACAUCCUCCAUACGGCCAAGCCCGAGAUCGACGAAGGGGACUUCGGCGUGGGUCUGUCGUACACCAAGAUGACCGAGGCCGAGUUCGUGGCUCGGCUAAGCAUCCACGAAGCUGCCCGCACCGGGGACCUCCACGUCAUCAAGCUCUUGCUCAAAAGCGAUCCCAAGCGAAUGGAAACUGUCGAUGAACGAGGCUGGACGCCCAUUCACUUAGCAGCAGCAAACGGACACGCAGAGGUUGUGCGGUACCUGGCGGUUGAAGGCGCUGACGUGGCUGCUCUCGACCCAACAAGCUACACGGCGAUGCACUUGGCUGCGAUGAACGGUCACAACGCAUGCCUCGAGGUACUGCUGAAGGUGGGAGCCGACGUGGAUAAUAUCACUGCCGACGGCUUCACGCCCUUACACUUGGCCGCCCUCAACAACUACGCGGACUGCGUGCGCACGCUCCUUUCGUGGGGCGCCAACCUGGCGGUGGAAGGACGCGCUGGGCCGCACCGUGCAGGACAUGGUCGAGGAGUAUGCCCUGGACGACGUGUCGGCGCUGCUCUCCGGCCUCUGGGCGCACGUCGACAAGUACACGCAGUCUCGAAAGCAGAACGGGCAGUCAGGGAGCAGCGGCCGGAAGCGUUCGACCCGAAAGCUGGUGCAGAUGGCAGCAGCAGCCAUGGGCAAGCGGUGACCGCGGAAGCAAGCUCAUCGUGCCUUUCGACCUUCAGCCAUUGGGAUGAGGACUGGACCGCGCCACAAAGUGCGAACACUCCCGACAUAGCUGCAACCGAACUGCCAAGUACCCGGACCGGCUUGUCGGAAAUUGAGGUCGCGAUUACGGUACCACGCCGCCCACCAUACAAAGCGUUCAUUGACGCGCCACGCCGGCAGGCAUCGCGUCGCAUGGUAACCGCCAAGACACUGGCUAGCAUCUGAAGCCAGGAAACUUGUCCCAGUGAUCAUUGUUCACUACACGAACGUGGGGUGCUAUUCUGGACACACCCUUCCGCCGUGUUGGCGUUUUGGUCCACUCAAAUCUUGUCAACCAAUCAGAACUGACAAGAUGGCGAAUUUGACAAUAUGGCGGAAUUUGACAGCGCUCGGAUGACGACAAAAUUGGCUACCGAACAGCCGAGUCGUCAGCUGAGC